CGCCGACUCGAUGCGGCGUUGACGUGCGUUACGCUGAACGCUACUUGUUUCUUGUGAAAAUCACCACUGUUAUUUGUUUAUACUCUGCAAAGGAUUCCUCACUACCAAGGAUUGGCUGCCAACUGUGUACUGUACGUGUGUGAGUGAAUACUGAAGAAUAUUUGAGUGAAAACGCGACGACUGUGUUCGUUUGUGCUGAAUGGUGAUUAAAAGUAAUUUACUUUGCUUUUACGGUGUAGGGUCGGUGCGUAUCGAUCGUUUGAAAGACAGUGGAUUGUUGUGGUGUGGAGGAAGCCGGCGAACAGCGAGGUGAUACUGGAUACACCAUGCGAGUGCAGUGAUGGUGCAUCGUGCCUGUACCUUCAGUGUUCAGUGUUCGCUAGUGUAGUGCUGGAUGGAUUGUGUCUCUUGGAUUGCCAACGCGAAUCAUCGGUAGAUCCAGUUGGCAACGGGCUACAAUGGUGUGUGCGGGCGAGUGCGGGCGGGCGGGCAGAUGGCGGCGCCAAUGAGGUCGGGCGCGCCGGCCGGCGGAGCUCGCCCCGCGCCUCACCUGCACCCCGGCAACUUCGAGUACGAUGACAACGAGUGGGACAUCGGCAUCGGCGACCUCAUCAUAGACCUCGAUGCCGACAUAGAGAAGACCGACGAGGCGGGCGGCAUGGCGGCGCGCGCCGAACCGGACGCGCAGCGCACCGCGCUCAAGAUGAAGAUCAAGCGCACGAAGCCCGGCACUAAGAGCUCCGAGGCGAAACACGAGAUCGUGAAAUCGAACGAGAUGAACGGUGAGCCGAAGACGGCGCCGGGCGCAGUCGGCGCGCCCGCGGCCGCCAAGCGCGGCUCGGGCGGCCACCGCCGCGACAAGGCGCGCGACAAGCACCACCACCCGCACCCGCCACACGACGUCAACGGCGCGCCGCGCGUGCCGCCGCCGCCCAACGCGCCCGGCCCGCCCGCGCCCGUCCCCGCGCCCGCGCCCGCAUCCGUGCCCGCGCCCGCGCUCGCGCCGCGCAUUGAUACCAAGCCCGCGGCCGCGCCCCCGCCCGCCGCCGCGCCCGCGCCCGCUCCCGCGCCCGCCACGCUCGCGCCCGCGACACCCUCCGCGCCCGCGCUCCUCAAACCCGAACCCGAUGACUCGCGGCAAGACAAUCAUUCGUCGCAGCCUCCAGCUAAGAAAAUUAAGACAGAACCUAAGGAAACAGCAGAAGUAUGCGUCGGCACAUCCGUGGGGACGAUCACUGAGCCGGACUGCCUGGGGCCCUGCGAGCCUGGUACCUCGGUCACGCUGGAGGGCAUCGUGUGGCACGAGACGGAAGGUGGCGUGUUGGUGGUGAACGUGACGUGGCGAGGGAAGACCUACGUGGGAACGCUGCUGGACUGCACGAGACACGACUGGGCGCCGCCUCGGUUUUGCGAUUCGCCGACAGAAGAAUUGGACGCGAGAACUCCGAAAGGUCGCGCGAAACGUGGCCGUGGCGCCGCGCCCACUGACAUGACCAACUUCACUGAGACCAGAUCCUCGGUCCACAGCAAGCUGCGCAACGGCGGCGCUAAGGGGCGACGGGCCCUUCCCUCCCCUACACCCUUUACCCCUCCCAGACCGGAUUCAAAGAGAAAACGGACCUCAGAAGCGGAGGAACGUCCGCCAACGCCUAAAGCGAAGCGUCCUCCACCAACUCCCAGUUCCCCCCCUCCUGAUCCAGUCUUACUGGAAUGUCCCGAACCGAAUUGUUCCAAGAAGUACAAGCACGCGAACGGGCUGAAGUACCACCGGUCACACGCGCACGGGACGCCCGAUGAUGAUGAUAAGGACGGGUCCAGCUCCGAGCAGGAGGAACCGGCGGCUGAACCGCCAUCACCCGCCCGACCGCCUUCAGAGCCCGCGACGCCUGCCACGCCUGUUAAGUCCCCGACGCCGGCGAAAUCUCCUGAAGUGAAAGAGAAGUCUCCAGAGAAGUCCCCGGAGAAGGCGGAGACGAGUGAAGAGUCCCCACCGCAACCGCGGUUCCCCGAGGAGUUCCCUGAGGCCCCCGAGCCCGCGCCGCAGCCCGAGCGCCCGCAGACGCCGCCGGCCACCGCUACGCCUCCGCCUGAGGCGUUACAGACUCUACAGCCUACACAGUUCAAGGUGAAGCCCCGAUCAGCGCUAAUGCCGUCCGAGGAGCGCAAAUCCACCGAGUCCCCGCCGGCGGGGUCGCCGGGCAAGCGCCGCGCGCGCCGCUCACCCACACCUGGUGUGCGCUCGCCUGCCUACUCCGACAUAUCUGACGACGCGGCGCCGACUGACGCUCCGCCCGACGCCGAGCAUAGACCCUUCCCGGUUUACCAUCAGUACUACGGCCAGCCGCCGUACCUUCCGCCUGCGCACCCCGCAGCGGCGCCGCCUCCCGCAGAUAAGGGCAAAGAAGACCUCGCCAAAGGAGACCCUAAGGCUGAUCUUAAGGACGGAAAGCCGGACGGGCCGCAGAAGGUCAUGCCCCAGCACUUCUACCCUUACAACUACGUGCAGAAUUUUCCCUACAACGUGGAGCCCGGGGCGCCGCCGGGCGCUCCUCUAGACGAUAAGGGCAAAGACUCCGACCGGAACAAAACGACACCUAGUCCCUUGGACAAGAGUAAGAACCCGAGGCCACCUGAUGGAAAGGACAGCAGGCCGAAUGAUAACCAUCAGAUUCUCAAGGAGAGUAUAGAAAUGAAGGCUCAGAUGGGACCAUACGCGUUCCAACGGCCGCCACACGCGAGGGAGGAAGAUUUGAGAAGGUACUACAUGGGUAUGGAGCAGCGUCGCAAGGAGGCCAUGGAGCGGCCCCCCGGGGCUGCGGCGCCGGCCGGGGCCAGGCCGCCGCCGCUGCCCGCGCACAAGCCGCCGGCCCUCAAGGACAAGGACGAAAAGCCUAAAGACGAGGUUAAGGUCAAGCAGGAAGGUCAGAAGCCAACAACGGAGACGCAAGGUCCCCCGCCGCCGCCUACAUCGCAGUACUACCUACCGCCGUACAUGCAGCCGCCGCACUAUGGGGCUCUGCCCUUCGACCCCGUGUACCGCGCGCCGCUGAGCCCUAUGCUAGUCGGGGGCUUCGGCGGCGGCUGGACGGUACCAAGGUAUCAUGCGCCGGAAGAUCUCUCGCGGCCCGGCGCACCGGCCAAGCUAGACUUGCUGCCGCCAGGUCACGGCGCCCAAUACGCGUACGGGCCGCCGCACGCCGCGCACGCGGCCCACGCGGCGCACGCGGCCCACUCGGCGCCGCACAAGAUCCACGAGCUGCAGGAGCACGCCAAGUCCCCGCAGGGCAAGCCGCCGCGGCCCGAGCCGCCGAAGGACCCGGCGCGCUCGCCGCCGCCGCAGCGACAUGUUCAUACGCACCAUCAUACGCACGUCGGCUUGGGAUACCCGCUCUAUCCGCCGCCUUAUCCUGCGGCGGCCGUGCUCGCCAGCACGCAGGCGGUCGUCAACUCCUUCCCCACGCCGCCCAAAUGAACGGACCGUACUAACUAUUGUGGAACAAUCCCCCAGACGCCACUAGUUGGCACGUCAGCUGAGGCCGUAGUGCGCACGCGGCGCCCGCUCAGCUGACCACCGACACCUCAUAUCGGAUACGUGGAUAAUCGUGUAGUGAAGUGACAGUUCAAAAACUAUGCAAAAGUGACGUUAUUUCUCCAAAAACUUAAUCUCUAUGCCAGUAGCCAUAAUUUAAACACUGUGAUCUCGCGUAACCCACAAAUUGUGUAUGUGAUGUGCGCUUUGAAUGUUCUAGAAUGUGUCCGAACCGAUAGUUACCUGAAUUUUUAUAGCUGACGAGUGUUGUGUCCCCAGACUCGAUGUGUUGUUGUGAACGUUGUGUGUGCCGCGAGGCGGGCGUUCGGACGGUUCAUAGUAGUCCUACGUCUUUGUUUUAUAUGUUUACUAGUGAAGCACAAACUAGUUUUGUAAAUAUUAGUGUUAUGUGUAAAUUACUUUACAAUCGUUAGUGCUCUGUAAGGAAAUAUGUAAAGAAAACAUCGAAUUCUCCGAUUCUCCGGGCAUUGUACUGAAGUUUAAAAGCCCCGCGUCUAAAUUUACAUAAUAAAGCAGCCUAGUAAGAUCUAUUUAUGAAUACAGCAUUCCACAAAACGAAAGCGAGCGUACCUAGAUUUUAAAAGUAAGAUUAAUUAUUAUUUAAGUAAUGUUAGUGUAAGUUUAAAGGCAUCAAUGUGAUCAUUACGAGUCGUAGCGUGCACAAAUCGUAACCUGUCUCGAUAUAGUGAGGAUUGACUAAUUAUAAUAUAAAGUAGAGCAUCCUAUAGAGUCGUGGAGUGUUUGAACAUCGCUGUGCGUGUAUGUCUGGCUUCUAAUGAUAAAUAUAAAAUCUCAUAGUCCGAUAUUGUCAAACACAAGGGAUUAGAAUUUUCGUGUAAGCCACUUGAAACUUUUUGGCCUGCUAGUGUGUGCUGUCUGUCUUGUCUUUGAUGCUACUAAUUAAUCCAAGCAUCAAUGUCUUUAUCCUUAAAUUCGGGCCAAAAAGUGCCGAGUGCUCUGUACCCUCCUGCACAAUAGUUAAGCUACAUAUUCGUUCAAUGUCGAUAGUUGCAUUUAAUGU